GGAAUGAAGGAAGGAAGGAAGAAAGGAAGGAAGAUUAUAGAAUAGAAAUAAAUUAAAUUGUGUACAUGUCUCAAAAAACGUGCACGAAUUUGGUUCUAAGGCGACAGUAAUUGCCUCCGGAGUUCCCGACAUGACAAGUGGGAACGAGACCAGCAGAUUAUGCCAGACAUUUGCGAUGUGAUACGAGAUGCUUUAAAAGAAAAUGGUCCCUUUCUGCGCAUUCUGUCGAGUGAUGAUCUUGCCUCCAGGCAGCUCGAAUUUGAAUGCGAAAUCCGUAGGGAGCAGGUCUUUGUGUAGGCUGGCAGGCAGUAUGUACGCUGUAUCUUAUGAGAUGGUGCACAGCAGAUUUGACACCGUGAGUGCCAGAGAACAGUUUCGUGUCGGGCUCUUGGACACAAGUCAUUGAUUGAUGAAGGUCAUCGAGGCGGGAACUGAAUCUCUUGUGGGCGAAUAAAUGAGCACCGGUGUUUUGGCAGGACAUUGCGCAGAUAUCGGUCUCGUCUGGUUUUGGUCGAGGAGCGCAGACAGUUGAAACAUGGUCUUCUUGGACUUCGCCUCUCGGAUUUUGGUUGCGACGACUCUUCAUUUGAAAUUCCGUGGGGACGCCGAUUUGAGGCCGAAAAUGCUCGACCUGGAUUUUGGGUAGGAUGGAAGGUAUUUGUUCGGUACAAUCUGGAGUCAGUGGUGACGAGCGAUUGGAGCUGGACGAUGGUUCAAGGUCCUGUCGACGAGACAGCAGCAGCAGCCUGAGCUUGUAGUGUCUGGGGCCGAGGAAACAGGGACAAUGGCAUACAAGGCCUUCAAGGAGCUGUUUCAAAAUUGCACUGCCCCUCUUUCGUCGCAGCCUAAACCUUUGGGAGACGAUGGUGCAGAACGUAAACCCUUGAAGACGAGCUUGAGAGAUAGAAUAUCUUUGCUCGACCGUCAAGUAAAAACACUCACAUCAGGUCCGACCCUAGAGCCCAAUUCCAUUAAAGAAGCAUCAUCCAUCUCCCCGCCCGUUUUGCCACUGACUACCGAAGAUUCCCCUUGGCAUGGAGCGGACAAGAAAGACCUUGUUUUGCUACCUUGUUCUCGGACCAGUGCGGACGACGAGAACCUGGGCUUCAUUAGUGCGAAAGAAUGUAGAAGCUCGGGGUUUCUCAAAAGGAAAUUUGACGCAAUCGAGAAGACGGAAGCUCCGACAGCCGAAGUAUCAACUGAUUUUCCGUUCAAGGAUGUCUCAUCAACCUUGCGGAGCGUGAAGCCCCAGCCAACAGUCUCUCUUCCUGCCACGGCUGUCGAGAAGAUUGAAAUUAUAGACGACGACGACGACGGUAUCGAGGAUGAAGAAGAAGAUACCCAAAGUCUCAUCCACGCGCUCGAAGACGAGGACGACAACGGGGGACAUGAGGUCGACAAACUGUUGGAACCCCAAGUUGCCUUAGAGCCUCUUGUGCUUUGGCCACCUCCCGGAGAGGGCCCGUCGACUGGUUCUGGUGAGGUGAAAAGGGUUGAAGUGCCAGCCUCGAUAAAUUCUCGUCUUCUGGAUCACCAGCGUGAGGGCGUAGCCUUUUUGUAUAAAUUAUACAGAAGCAACCAUGGCGGGAUUUUGGGAGAUGACAUGGGACUCGGAAAAACCAUCCAAAGCAUCGCACUUCUGGCAGCCAUAUUUGAAAAGAAGGAUGCCGAGUCGGUGGGCGCAGCCAAAGCUGUUGUCCAGAGGAGAAGAUGCGAGAAAGUGGCGUUGAUAAUCUGCCCAACCUCUGUGCUUCAGAAUUGGGAUCAGGAAAUCGAGGCAUGGGGCGAAUUUCGAGUCGGAACUUAUUUUGGAUUGCAAAGAGAGGUCGUCUUGGGCAAGAUAAAGGCGAAGGAGGUGGAGAUCGUCUUGACGAGCCAUGAUACAUUUCGGAUACACGGGGAAGAACUGUGCAAGAUAAAGUGGGACCUUGUGAUCGUGGAUGAGGCCCAUCGACUAAAGAAUGACAAGUCUCAUUUGUACAUGAAGUGUAUGCAGCUGCCGACCAAGAGGCGUUUUGGGUUAACGGGAACUGUCAUGCAGAACACAUACUUGGAGCUUUUCAAUGUCUUCGAGUGGGCUACGCCUGGAUGCCUUGGAUCUCGAGAGCAUUUCAAAGAGUAUUAUUCCGGACCUAUCAAAGAAGGUCAACGCAUCAGUGCACCGAAAAGGUUUGUGGUGAUAGCUGAGGAUCGCCAGAAACACUUGCUUUCAGUACUUCGGAAAUAUUUCUUGAGGAGGACCAAACAACAAACGAUCGCCCACCUGAUGAAUGGUAAAGAGGACAACGUGAUCUUUUGUUCCAUGACCCCGGCUCAAAAGAGGGUUUAUAGAAGGAUAUUGCAGAGUCCCGAUUUCCAGGCUCUGAUUGGUAAAGCCAUGAAUUGUACCUGUGGAAGUCCUCUGAAAAGAGGACAGUGUUGUUAUCGCAUCGUGCCGAAGGGGAUCAUCUGGUCUUAUCUGCAUAAAGACAGUCUGGAUGAUGGUUGCGAUUAUUGUCCAAAUUGUCUGGUACUUCCUUGUUUAACUAAGUUACAGCAGGUGAGCAAUCAUUUGGAACUUAUCAAGCCUAACCCCAAUGACGAUGCGACAAAACAGGCGAAAGAUUACGAUUUUGCAAAGUUGGCUUUGGGAGAGGAUGCGCAUUUAGUAGGCGGGGUUUCUCAAGAAACAAACUUCUUAGGUUUAAGUCAUGCGCAACAUUGUGGAAAAAUGCUGGCCCUUGAGAAGCUCCUAUCUUCAUGGAUUAGUGAAGGAGAUAAGGUCCUACUUUUCAGCUACUCCGUCAAAAUGUUGGACAUUCUUGAUAAGUUCCUCAUACGCAAAGGCUAUUGUUUCUCACGCUUGGAUGGAUCAACACCAAUGAGUGCGAGACAAUCACUGGUCGAAGAUUUUAACACCAGUCCUAGCAAGCAGAUCUUUCUCAUUUCAACCCGCGCAGGAGGAUUGGGGCUUAACCUAGUGAGUGCCAACCGAGUUUUGAUCUUUGAUCCCAACUGGAAUCCAUCUCAUGAUCUUCAGGCCCAAGAUCGUUCUUUUCGCUACGGACAAGUUCGACACGUCACUGUGUAUCGUUUACUCGCAGCAGGGUCUUUGGAAGAGCUGAUUUACACUCGUCAAAUCUACAAGCAACAGCUUUUUAACAUCGGCGUCAGCGGUGCAAACGAGAAACGAUAUUUUGAAGGUGUUCAGGGUUCUAAAGAACAUAAAGGUGAACUCUUUGGGAUCGACAAUCUACUCCGAGACCUUUCCGACGAAGUUUUUGCGGAAGGCAUCAUAGAGGAUCACGAAGAACGACUUCUUAGGGUUCAGCAUGAGAAUGCGGUGCAAGUCAAAGAAAUAGGGGAAGUUGUCCACGCGGAGACAGAUGGUGUGGAAGACGUUGAGAGUUCUCAAGGCGAUCAUACUUAUAGAACACCGUCAGUAACAAAUGAUAAGGAUCUGAGAGACAAAAACGCAAGAGAUGAUAAGAAGGAGCGCAAAAUGCAACGGAGGGUUCAAUCUGCUCUUACAAGCGCCGGUGUUCUCUAUGCUCAUCGGAAUGAAGACGUUGUCAACAUGGGCUCUUCUGAUUUGGGAGCAUCAAACAGAAAUUGGGGGAGUGCAGACGCACCAAGAGAAAAUCGCAGAAAACAAAUCCAAGCAAAACCACAUGUGCAAAGUGCUGGUACUCCUAGGAUCCGAAAAGCAAGUAUUUUCGAAUUGUCAGAGGUCAGACCAGAUGAAAAAUUUGCUGAAAGAAGUAGCGCCUCCGAGGCCAAUAGACCAGCAUCUAGUAAAGAUUCGAAAGAUGUGUUUGCAGAUCUAGCUAAAUUCAAGGGUCUAACCACGUCUGAAUUUAGCGUUUGGUUCCUCUCUGCCGAUAAAGACGAACGGACCCAGCUUCGAUUAGAUUAUCAAAAGUCUCGGCAAAAAUAAUUCCAUGUUUUAGCUGAGCCUUUUAAUGUAUAGAGAAAACUUGCGGCCUAAAAUUGCCUACAUCGAUCACGUGUACUAUCACUUCGCAUCUUCAUCAAGUGUACUUGAUCCCUCGCCUGGCUUGCCAGUUUAGUAGUUUGCGACCGUGGAUAGCUACCGGGACUUCCGCGUUACCUAGGCUGUCUGCAGUUCUCCAGGCCUACGGUGAGUCAGAUAGUCUUCCACUGAGCAGACUUGUAAGGAAUGAUCUUGUCACGACGUUAAGCAGUUUAAUUUUUUGAAUACGGAGGUUAUAAAAGAAAU